UGGCUGCUCUGCUGUGCCCUCCCUUAACGGCUGCUGAGCCAGGGAAGGCCGUGUGUGCUUGUUACGCUGUAUCUGGGCUGCUGCUGCUGAAGUUACACUGUAGCUGACUGUCCCUGUGUCUUGCAAGAUCAAGGCCGGCGCUGCUGUGUUUACAGGACUUUGCUCACUCAGGACAGUGGCUGGUAGCCAGGGUGGUGCAUGCACGGGGCUAUGCUGGCCUUCAUAGCAAGGAGCAUGAAUAGUGCAGUCAGAUGACAAAGGUUGCUAAGUGUGUGACUCCCUGUGUAUACCAUAGAACAGGGUAAGAUUAGAGAGGAAGUCUGAGGCAGAGGGAGUGAGAGUUGUACAGAGUUUUCCUCAUUCCACCCAUGGAGAGGAAGCAGCAGCAGUCAGAGAAGGCAAAGCCAUCUGGCUGGUUGAAGCCGGUGGCCUUGGGGAAGUUCACAGGCAGAUACUUAGCCCACCAGGAGGGACUGCCGCAUCUGCCGGUGCCGCCCCUUCAGCAGACCCUGGAUCGCUACCUGUUGGCUCUGCAGCCCAUCAUCAGCGAGGAGGAAUGGACCCACACCAAGGGGCUGGUGGAUGAGUUCCGGAAACCAGGCGGCGUUGGGGAAAGGCUGCAGAAGGGUCUGGAGAGGAGAGCCAGGAAAACUGAGAACUGGCUCUCUGACUGGUGGCUGAAGACGGCUUACCUUGAAUACCGCCUGCCGGUUGUGGUUCACUCCAGCCCCGGCGUGGUUUUACCUAAACAGGAUUUUCUGGAUCAGCAAGGCCAGCUCAGGUUUGCUGCCAAGCUGAUCGAGGGCAUCCUGGAUUUCAAGACCAUGAUUGACAAUGAGACCCUGCCAGUGGAAUACCUGGGUGGGAAACCUCUUUGCAUGAACCAGUACUACCAGAUCCUCUCGUCCUGUCGCAUCCCAGGCCCGAAGCACGACUCCGUUGUGAACUACGCCAAAGGAAAAAAGCCGCCCUCGCACAUCACUGUGGUUCACAACUUCCAGUUCUUUGAGCUGGAUGUUUACAGCAGCGAUGGGAGCCCCCUCACCACCGAUCAGAUCUUCAUCCAGCUGGAGAAGAUCUGGAACACCUCCCUCCAAACAAACAAGGAGCCAAUUGGGAUCCUCACCACCAACCACCGAAACAGCUGGGCCAAGGCCUACAACCACCUCAUCAAAGACAAAACCAACAAGGAAUCAGUGCGUUCAAUCGAGAAGAGCAUUUUCACCGUCUGCCUGGAUUCACCCAUUCCUCGGGUGUCUGACGACAUCUACAAGAGCCGGGUGGCAGCUCAGAUGCUGCACGGUGGAGGCAGUCGCUGGAACAGUGGGAACCGAUGGUUUGACAAAACCCUUCAGUUUAUCGUUGCUGAGGACGGCUCCUGUGGCCUGGUGUAUGAGCACGCUCCCUCGGAGGGCCCGCCCAUCGUUGCCCUUCUGGAUCACAUCGUGGAGUACACGAAGAAACCACAGCUGGUGAGAUCACCCAUGAUUCCUCUGCCAAUGCCCAAGAAGCUGCGGUUUAACAUCACCCCAGAAAUCAAGAAUGACAUAGAGAAGGCGAAGCAGAACCUCAACAUAAUGGUGCAAGAUCUGGACAUCAAGGUGAUGGUCUUUCACCACUUUGGGAAAAACUUCCCCAAGUCGGAGAAGAUAAGUCCAGAUGCGUUUAUUCAGAUAGCCCUGCAGCUGGCUUAUUAUAGGAUGUAUGGCCAGGUCUGUGCUACAUAUGAGAGUGCCUCACUGAGGAUGUUCCGCCUGGGUCGAACAGACACCAUCCGCUCUGCCUCCGUGGACUCUCUGAAGUUUGUGCAGGCAAUGGACAACCCUAGCAAGCAGAACCAGGAGAAGGUGGAACUGCUGAGGAGAGCUACGCAGGCACACAGAGCUUACACAGAUCUGGCAAUAAAGGGGAAUGCAAUAGACCGUCAUCUGCUAGGCAUGAAGCUUCAAGCCAUUGAGGAUCUAGUGAGCAUGCCGGAACUGUUCAUGGAUACAGCCUAUGCCGUUGCCAUGCACUUCAACCUCUCAACCAGCCAGGUCCCAGCAAAGACGGAUUGUGUGAUGUGCUUUGGUCCAGUGGUUCCAGAUGGCUAUGGAGUCUGCUAUAACCCCAUGGAUGACCACAUCAACUUUGCAAUGUCGGCGUACAACAGCUGUGCCGAAACCAAUGCAGCCCGCCUAGCACAUUACCUGGAGAAGGCGCUACUGGACAUGCGUCUCCUGCUCCAAUCCACUCCCAAAUCAAAAUUACUGCAUAGGUGGUGAUGUAUGUUGGAAUUGAAGAAAAAAGGCUGCAGCAUGACACUUCUCCCUUGCUGUAUGUUAUCUACUCCUACCAAGCUUGUGGUUCCUCUAAAAUAAGGGAGGUAGUGAAGAAAGCACAGGAGUCUACUCUAGAAUGUAUAGACUAUGUCUGUUCAUUGCCCCCCAACAACCGCCUUUUCCAUAGGAAUCCGACAGCGCUUCUUCAGCAGAACCUGGUUUCUUCUUGCCUUAAUGUUAUUUAUAGCCAUGGUGAUUUAUAAUUUCCCUCUUUCGUGGAAUAUAGUCACGUCUGUGUUGGUUUGAUUGAACCUUUAGAAAGGAAGGAAUUAUAUAUUUAUAAAUGUGCAAUUUAAAAAAUAUUGUGACACAAUAAGAAAGGAAUAUAAAACCGCCAAUAUCUUUCCUAGGGCAGCAUGUGAAACCAUAGACCUACUGCCAUUAGAGAAGGUGGUGCAUUGUUUGCCCCCACCGAUGCUAUUCCUGCAGUGAGAUAACGGUAGUUCUGCAAGCCCAGCCGUGUGGGUGCUGAACCAAGGAAUAGCUUGAGUUUGUAGUCUGUUUUAUCACAUGAACACUUGUCCAUAUCACAAAGCCACCCAACCAGUUGGGUCAUUGCUGCUUUUCUAGUGUUGGGCCUCGAGAGCAUUCCCAAUCAAGGUGCCUUGGUAGAGGGGUGUGACCAAUUUGAAGUACGUUCAUCCUACUAUUAUUGAAAACCUCUCUUUUAUGAGCACUUACUCACCCCAUCUCACUUUUUAAUUGAUGCAAACCUGCUCUCAGUUGUUUUAAAUUCAAAUUCCACCCUGCAACUAAAUAAUGAGGGGAAAGCUUUACUGAAACUCACCUUACAGCUAACGAUUGUACAAAUCUCCAUUAAAAAAAUUUAAGUUUAAAAAAUAUUAUAAAUGGAAUGAGAUGGUUAGAAAGCAACGGGAGCAUGUAACGCAAAGCUCUGAGCACAAACACACCUGCUCUAGCUAUCUAAUUCUUCCACAAUGAACAAGACAAAGUUACAAGAGGCCACCCAAAAUCUUAAUCUGUAUUAAUAUUUAUUAUAUGUAAUGAGUACUUACAUAACCAUUUAAGAGACUGCAACCUUCUGGAAUGAAUUGGAAUGGGUAAGGUCUUGCUGGGAUUAAAAAAAAAAAAAAACACUACUUUUUAUGGAGGCUUUUAUUCUGGAAGAGAUUCCUUUAGUCAGAGACAAAGUAAACUUUUUUUUUCCUCCCUAUAUGUAAUGAGUCAAUAUAGUGCCUGCUGAUAACUGAUGUUACCCUACUGUGGUCUGUGGCCAGGGGGCCAAAGACCAAGUGCCUUCAACCACGAUAUCGCUACAUAUUGGCAUGUCUUAUUAUUACAAGGUAAUUUCAGAAACUAAGAA